ACUGCUGCUGCUGCUGCUGCUGCCUAGGUAGCUUGGAUUUUGAUUAACAUGGGAAGGCAGCCUUGUUGUGAGAAGAUUGGGUUGAAGAAAGGUCCGUGGACGAUCGAGGAAGAUCACAAGCUCGUGAACUUUAUCAUCAACAAUGGUAUCCAUUGCUGGAGAAUGGUUCCCAAGCUUGCAGGUUUGCUGAGAUGUGGAAAGAGCUGCAGAUUAAGAUGGAUUAAUUAUCUGAGGCCAGACCUUAAGAGGGGGGCACUCUCAGAAAUGGAGGAAAACCAGAUUAUCCAACUUCAUGCACGACUCGGUAAUCGGUGGUCUAAGAUCGCUUCGCACUUCCCCGGUCGCACGGACAAUGAGAUUAAAAACCACUGGAAUACUCGAAUCAAGAAAAGGCUAAAGCUCCUUGGAUUAGACCCUGUGACCCACUUGCCCAUUCAGCAAAAUGAUAAGGCUGAUGACAAAAUUGAGACAUUUCCGGAAGAGUCUAAUUCGUCUAAAGAGCAGGAAGAGAGCACGGAGGUGAAGACGAAUGAAGAUACUAACGAUCAAGCCCACGAACUCACAGGAUCCAGCGAGAAACGAAAUGAGGACGUAACCGCUGAGGAUCUUUUGGAUAAUUAUGAAAUGCUGCUUGGAAGCUGGGAUAUGGGUUUGUGGCUGAACCAAGAAAACAACACUCCCAAAGCAUGCAGUCCUUCAUUUUCCCUGGAAAAUUCUCUCAACCCUUCGAGCGGCGAAUCGUCCUCCCUCCAAGAAGACCCUCUCCAACAAUGGGUUGACAGUGUGGACUCUUUGCUCACAUGGGAUGGCUUCAAUCACCUGCAAGAAGAGCUUUUCUUCUUGGAUCAAAACCAAUGAACAUAUUGAUCAUCAUCCUUUCCUGUCCUCUAGUGUCUCUAGGAUGCGUACUUUUUUCUUUGGGCUCAUUUUCAGAACCUCUUGAUUGAUUAAUCAUGCAGUAUGCAUGAUUUAAGCUAGCUUAUUGUGGCCUUAAGAAAAUUCAAGCAUAUAUGUCUCAACAUUUUUAACUUAUAUGUGAAGAAAGUGGCAAACUGUAGUCUGGGAGACAGAAGGUAGCUUGUGAAUGUAUGCAGAGAGCAAAUUUCAAUGAUAGCGAUUGUUCUUCUAAUCAUUCUAUAAUAUCAUAUGUAUAAACUUUCUUACAUGCU